AUGAAAAAAGAUAGAUGGUUUUGUAACAAGCCGCUCGAUGAACAACAAGAUUUGGCUCAAAACAAUAAAAUUGUACCAUCUGAUUCAGAAUCUGUAAUAUUAAAGAAUUCCAAUGAUAGUCCAAUCUGGAUUCCUGAAAGUGAUAAUGAGUCAGAAACAUCCCUUAGUUCCCCUAUGAUCUGCUGCACUCCCCCUGAUAGUCCCAUAUCGUCUGAAAAUAUAUGUCUAAAUAUUGAAAUAAACGACAAUAUUUCAAAAACUGAAGCGUCUACAAGUUCAAAAUCGAAAAAAGUAUUUUGUUACUAUUGUGAAACGGAAGUAUUAAAUUUUCCUAGACAUAUAACAAGAAAUCAUAAAUCUGAAAUAGAUGUACAAAAAAUAUUAUCUUUGCCGAAACUAUCUAAGGAAAGAAAAAACUUACUUUUUGCAUUAAGAAAAAAAGGGAAUUACCUUAAAAGCAAUGAUAACUUGAGUAAACCAGUAAAAACAGGAAAUGAAAAUACAAAUUAUUUACCAUGCAUACACUGUCUAGGAUAUUACUCAUCAAAGAACUUAUGGCGUCAUCGCAAAAAAUGCGAUGCCAAUUCAAAUAAAGGAGCCUCUACUAAAAAUUCAAAGUCUGAAGCACAAAAUUUUUUAAUCCGUAAUUUGAAAGUAGAUCCUCAAUUAAAAAUCGAUGUUUUUCCUCGAAUGAGAGCUGAUAAGGUAUCUCUUGUUGCUAAGAAGGAUGCGCUAAUAUGCGCAUUUGCAGCCAGAUAUUUAAAAAUUCAUAGGGAGAACCAUUUUAUUCUUGUGGCUUCUAGAAAAAUGAGGGAACUAGCCAGACUCUUGUUGGAAAUAAAAAAAAUAAAACCAACAAUAAACAGCCUUUAUGAGGUUCUGAAACCUGAAUAUUACGAUACUUUAGUUUCUGCAACUAAAGUUGUCUUUCGGUAUGAUCCGGAAUCUAAGACUUAUCAAGCUCCAACGUUUGCAUUAAAUAUGGGUACUACCUUAAAACAGUGUUGUGAUAUUGCACUAGUAUACACUCUUAAAAAAUCACAAAAACUUUCAACAGUUUCUUUAGCGAACCAAGAAGCAGAUCUUAAAACUCUAAUCCAGCUAAUUAAUAGUAACUGGAAAUUUGAUGUUUCCAGUCAAGCUUCCAGUGAUCUUAAUAUACAAAAAUGGAAUAAAGUCACUUUGGUACCCUUCGCCAAUGACCUUAAAUUAUUAAAAGAUUGCCUUAUAAAUAAAGCCAAUAUGGCUCUUUGUAAACUAAAAGAAAACACCAGUGAUGAAAAAUCAUACAUUAUUUUGAUGGAAACCAUCUACUCCAGGAUAAUACUACUAAAUAGGCGACGUCCAGGGGAGUUACAGAGACUUUUGGUAAAUACUUACAAAUCUUUAAUCCUUAAUGAAAAUUCUCAAGCAUAUGAAGAAUUUGGAGAAGUUAUUUCAGAAUGA